AAUCGUAGGUAAACACCAGAGUGUACGUUUCAAAGUCCAUCAAGGCACACCCACAAAAGAACGACGCGUCAUUAACUCGUGAUACAAUAAACUGCGUUGUUUGGUGGUCUGCGACCUUGUUGCGCAAGAUGGGCACUACUGUGCAUAUGGUCCUUGUGGUCUGUUUCAUGCUAUUCGGGCAGACUUUAACCACUUCUAACCCGGAUCUACAGCAGAGGCUACAGAAUCUGGACACUUUCAUCCAGACCCUGAUGACAUGUGAGUCCAGACCUGUAGUCGGACUGACCGUGUCCGUGGUCAAGGACGGUGAGACCGUUUUCGCCAAGGGGUACGGCCAGAGGGACCUGCAGACGGGACAAGCUGUGGACAACACGACUCUGUUCGGAGUCGGCUCCAUCUCCAAGUCCUUCACCUCAGCCCUGUUAGCGGCCAUUCUCGGGGAGAGGGAAGACAUGAGCUGGGACACCGUCCUGACGGACAUCCUGGGGCCCGACUUCAAGUUCAGGGACGAGUUCCGAACCAAAGAGACGACCCUACGAGAUAUCCUGGCUCACAAAACCGGUUUAGAAAAUCCUGCUUUUACAGUGGGACAGGAUUACGACAGAUCGGAACUGGCAAGACGAAUGCGGUACUUCAGACAGAUCUACCCAUUCCGUACCGUCUGGCACUAUAACAACGAUUUGUACACCCUGGCUGGGCACGUAGCGGAGAAGCUCACAGGGAAGUCCUGGGAGGCCCUCUUGCGGGAACGAGUAUUAGGACCACUGGGCAUGGACGACACAGUGUACUUGGAAGACGUCCUCGAUGACGAAAGUUUCUCCAAUUUAGCCCAGACGUACCUGACCUAUAACAGAACAGGUCAAUCUGUGGCGUACAGUCGUGAGGAGUUCAGGCCUAUCACGUUGCAUAAUCCUGCAGGAGGUGUGGUGUCCAACGCCUUGGACAUGGCCCGGUACAUGAACUUCCAGCUGAGCGGGGGGAGGGACGCGGCCGGUCGCCUGGUGGUGCCGGAGGACACCUUACGGCAGACACACGUGGCAGAGUUCACCUCGAGUUUUGACCCCAAGCUUGAACCUGACUGGCCAGUAGAGGCGGGGACGGAGCAGGGCUACGGGUUGGCGUGGUUUGUUGGCACCUACCGAGGAUACAGGCGACUACAACACAGUGGCUUUGCGGCAGGCUAUGUUUCUCUCCUGUCCCUGUACCCUGCCGCUUCGGGAGGAGUUUUCACCUCCGUCAACGGUCCCAACAGUUUCACUGAUGAGGCGGCCAUCGACGUCCACGAUAUGAUCCACGCCCUGGUCGGGGACAUCGUAACAGGUAAGGACCAUUGGAUUAACGAUACCAUAGCCUGCACCUAUCCUGAGCCUUGGUUGACGAGACCAGAGCCCAACAGCACCGUCCCCCCUGAGAUCUCGGACAACUUCCCGCGAGACAAACGUGACUACGAAGGAGUCUACGGCAACCAUGCGACAGGCAACCUGACCAUCAGCCUGAACACGACUGAUGACAACUUAUACUUCAGUUUUGGUGUGAUCGGACGGGGUUUAGUUCUCCCUUCCAACUCUCCUAACCGCCUUCUCCUCCGCUUGCAAGGGCCGUUAGAGUAUUUGCCACUUGUCAUUGCUGAUGUAGGUGAGAAAGAUGGUAGCAUCUUCUCGCUGUCCUUACAUCGCUUCCCCCCUGAACCGGCUGUGCUGUUCGAACGUGGCUUGAAGCUGACCGACCCGGACCCUACACUGCCGAAGUGGGACGACUGUACCGGUGUCUCUGGCUCUCCGAACCGCGCAGCUUCGAGUAACAUAUUGGUGAUUUUGCUCCUUUUGGCCCAUGUUUACUACCUAAUCUGAUUCACAAAAGCAGGAGAUCAAUAGGUCUUAUUUCAUGUCACCGACACUAAAUCACCU